UAAAAUAUCUGUAUGUUGAGGGCUCUGUUCCACAUUCCGGAGCAAAAGAUGGCGGUAAUGCGCCUAUUUACGUUGGUUGCCAGCAGCCGUAAAAACCAAGAAGAAGAAGAAGGGCGGUCACUCAGGUGCGCGAGCGGACAGGAAGUGGCCAUGCACUCUGGUGAACGGGAAGGAGGAAGACAACCUGAGAGGCACGGUAAGAGAAGAUGCUUGAACAUCUUAAACCCUUAAUUAUGACUUGAUCUAAAAGAAGGACCUCGGGAUGGUGAACUCGGGUCUUUGUUGCGGCAGUCUGAACGAUGAUAAGAUCUUGAUGAAGAUGGGUUUGGGGCUGGUGUUGGUGGGUCAUGUGAACUUCUUGUUGGGGGCACUUGUACACGGAGCUGUGCUCAGACACAUAGAAGUGUUCUCCUGGAACAAGAAACUCAUCUACCCCAUCUCCAAUGUCAUCGCUCUUGUGGCAGGACUUAUGGCAAUUAUUGGUGGAAUCUCGGCUAUUGUUCUCUCAAAGAACAAGAAAAACCAGCUGCUGAGUUGGUUUCUACUAAUUGUGAGUGUCUUGGCUGUUCUCUUGGGUGCUGCCUCUGCAGUGGGAAUCACUGUUGCCACAGUGAGGGCCAUAAUGUGGGAAGGAAACACUCUGUUUGCCUACUGCGACCUGCCUACCAACAUGACCUACUACAGCAUCACAAAUGAAUGCCCCUUUGACCCCACACGCAUCUAUGGUACUACAUUAAUCCUAUGGUUUCCAUUGAUUCUGAUGUCCGUGGUGGAGGUUGUGUUCUCCUGUCGCUGUUUCUUGGCUUGCUCUUCUUUCCUCCGGUUAAACUGCCCAUGGAGGACAGAUGUCAGGCUGCCAGAAGAAACCACACUUCCACCAGGAGAUGAUCCAAACGAGGAGGAGGAGCCUACAGAACAGAACAACCUACUUGACAAAGACACAGUUGCUGUGGAGACUAGUGAUUGGCUAUAAUUCAUAAGUAUACAUCACAUAGAAUUGCUGUAUGACCGUGGUGCAAGAAAUACCAAGUGCCAAUGCAAAUAAAAGCAUAAAGUGGCUAGCAGUUGAAGAGGGCUGGCGCUUUGACAUCUGUCUUAAUUCAGCACUAAUGUUGUGUUAUUCCUCAGUCUUAAGGGUCAGACUGUGACCAAUGCUAUUGGUUUCACCAUGUAAAGUGCACAAUGUUUACAUAUAAACAUAAUUAAUGUGUGAUAUGCUUGUUUUAUGUUUGUUACAUAUUUUCUACACUGAUGGUAUUCUUUGUUACAGAGCAUUUGUAUAAAAUAUUUUUCUAUUUAAAACUGAGAUUCUGAAAUUGCUCUUAAUAGGAUUGAUGGGUCAAAUAUAUCUGUGCUUGUAAA